AUCCACGAAUCGCGCCUGCGAGGCUUCGUGGACUGUGCGGUACGGAAUGUGGUGCUGAUCGGGAAGCAGGAGCUGCCGGCCAACGUGCAGUCGGUGGUGAUGCUGGAAAAUGCACAGCUCAAUUGGAGUGCCGGCCAGCCGGUGCUGGCGAAGGAGUUGGCGUGGGAAGUAAUGAACAGCGCCAAGUACACUGAUCCGAUGGUGAAGGGAGUGGCGUGUCGCCUUUACGGUGAGUUCCUUGCCGAAGGACACUCGCAGGAGAUCAAGUCGCUAUGCUCGGACUACUUUCAACAAGCGGAAAAAUAUGUCCAGUUUGUGCUGUCGCGACAGGCGGCGGCGACGGCUGCGGGUGGCGAACAGAAAACCUCGCCCGGGAACGUUCCCGCUAACCAUCGUUGCUUCGACGUGGAUCGUAACUUCACCGUGCAGCACACCGUCGCGAAGUACGCGGAUCGUGAAUUUGUGCGGCUCACCAAAUUCAUCCGCUCUCAGGAGUGGGAGGCACGGAAAACGAAUCUCGCCCGCAUGGAGGUCGAGCUGGUCCGCCUGAGGGAGGAAACGCAACGUGCCACCGAUCAGCGGCGCAAAGAUCUUGGCCGUUCGCUUCACUUUAUGCAGAAAAACUUGCAGCGCGACAAGAAAGCGGCCGAAGAGGUGGAACAGAAUCGCUGGGACUACUUGAAUCUGGCACUGUGCUAUUAUCUGAUGUACGCGAAACAGAGCACGAUCGUGAGCGACAUGGUGAUAUUUAGGAUCAUGUCGCUGUGGUUGAACAAUCAGGAAAAUACGAGCGCAAAGGAGUUGAUCGAAGAGUCGCUGCUUACCAUUCCUUCGUACAAGUUUAUUGCCGUUUUACCGCAGCUUACACCGCGCGUCGGGCUGGACAGUGGGGACGGUGCGCUGGUGCAGAAAGCUUUGAUAAGAUGCGCCCUGGACCAUCCCCAUCACACGCUUCCGUUUGUGUUUGCGCAGCUGCAUGCGUAUAAAGAUCAACCGGAUCACGAAACUCCCACCAACGAUAACCGUUUAAUGGGUGUGCGGGAGGUGUACAAAAAGCUGCGCAAAGAACCAACGCUCGAGCAAAUGUUGCACCAAACAGAGAGAAUGAAUCUCGCCCUGAUCGAGCUGGCCAACAAAACGCUCUCCAGCAGUCCCUCCUUCCGGGAGUACACCAUGACGAAACGUGAUCCGCUCGGGCAGCUGGAAAGCUUGGAUCUCAUCCACUGUCCAACGGUGGAGUUGCCCGUCCUAAAAACCGGCAACUAUCGCUCACACAUCGUAGGCAUCAGGCGGUGGGAUGCGAAGGUGAUCGGUGUCGGUGGAAUUAAUGCGCCGAAAAAGCUUGCCUGCCUUUGCCUGAACGGUACGAAACGGACGCAGCUGCUCAAGGGGAAGGAUGAUAUGCGCCAGGAUGCGGUAAUGCAGCAGGUGUUCGGUAUAAUGAACAUACUGCUGCGCCACGAUAAGGAAACGGCGCACCGGAAGCUGUCCGUGCGCACGUACAAGGUGGUACCGCUGUCGAGGCAAAGCGGCAUACUGGAAUGGUGCAACAACACGAUGCCGAUCGGUGCGUGGUUGCUUUCCGGGCAUGCCAAGUAUCGGCCGCAGGACCUGGAACCGACAGCGGCGCGAAAAAGUUUUCCAAUGUAUGUACAAGCUGUUGAGAGCAAGCUGAAAAACUAUGAAGAAAUCUGUGACAAAAUUCGGCCCGUCUUUCGGCACUACUUUCUCGAGCAGUACCUGAAGCCGGGCGUGUGGUUCGAGCGGCAGCAGAACUACAUCAAAAGUGUGGCCGCCAGCUCGAUGAUCGGGUACGUGCUGGGCAUCGGCGAUCGGCACGUGCAGAACAUCCUGAUCGACAAGCUAACAGGGGAGGUGAUCCAUAUUGAUUUUGGCAUAGCGUUCGAGAUGGGGAAAAAUCUGCCCACCCCGGAGACCGUCCCGUUCCGCUUGACGCGUGACAUUGUGGAUGGUAUGGGGAUAAGCGGUGUUGAGGGUGUUUUCCGCAAAUCGUGCGAGAAAACGCUGGAAGUGUUGCGGAACAAUCAGACGGUGAUCCUCGCCAUCCUGGAGGUGCUGCUGUACGAUCCGCUCUACUCGUGGAACGUGCUGUCAAACAAGAAAGCAAACCGUCGGCAACAGCAAGCCUUCCUUUCGCCAUCCGGUGACGCUGAUGAGGCCGAUGGAGCGGUCGGUGGUCUGCCGAUGGAUGCGGCUAAUAUCAAUGUGACGGCCGAGCGUACGUUGAUGCAGGUGGAAGAGAAGCUGCUUGGCCAGGAGGACAACAAGUACAUCUCAGUCGAUGGGCAGGUGCAAAUGCUAAUCUUCAACGCAAUGAACAAGCGCAAUCUCUGUCAAGUGUUUGCGGGAUGGCAACCGUACCUGUGAGCAAGUGAGUGUGUGAUAAAGCCGGUGAUAGUGUUAUCUUUUA